AUGUCGUGUGUGGGGACCCGAAUAUUCCAGCAGAAAGCUCGAGGCACAGACGGUCUUGUGUGCUUGCUCUUCCAGCUCUACGUGGCCACCGAGGCCAUCCUCAUCGCACUGGUGGGCGCCACACCGUCCUACCACUGGGACCUCGCCGAGCUCCUGCCCAAUCAGAGCCACAGCCGCCAGCGGGCCAGCGAGGACCAGGCCCUCGGGGACUGGCUUCUGAGGGCCAACGGCAGCGAGAUCCAUAAGCACGUGCACUUCAGCGGCAGCUUCACUUCCAUCGCCUCGGAGUGGUUCUUAAUUGCCAGCAGAUCUUACAAAGUGAGCGCGGCAAGCUCGCUGUUCUUCAGCGGCGUGUUCGUGGGCGUCAUCUCUUUCGGCCAGCUGUCCGAUCGCUUCGGGAGGAAACCCGUCUACCUCGCAGGUUUUGCUCUCGACAUUUUAUUUGCUAUUGCAAAUGGGUUUUCCCCCUCGUACGAGUUCUUUGUAACAACCCGCUUCCUGGUGGGCAUGAUGAAUGGAGGGAUGUCGCUGGUGGCCUUUGUCCUGCUGAACGAAUGUGUGGGCACCGCCUACUGGGCACUGGCAGGUUCGAUCACCAGCCUCUUCUUCGCAGUUGGCAUCGCGCAGUGUGCCCUGCUGGGGUACUUGAUCCGCUCCUGGAGGAACCUGGCCGUGCUGGUUAACCUGCAGGGGACAGUGGUCUUCCUCUUGUCUUUAUUCAUUCCUGAAUCACCUCGUUGGUUAUACUCCCAGGGUCGCCUGAGCGAGGCGGAAGCGGCUCUGUACCGCAUCGCCAGGAGGAACCGCAAGCUCAAGUGCACCUUCUCACUGACGCAUCCGGCCAACAGGAGCUGCAAGGAGACGGGAAGUUUCCUGGACCUGUUCCGGUACCGGGUGCUCUUGGGGCACACUCUCACCCUGAUGUUCAUCUGGUUUGUGUGCAGCCUGGUGUAUUAUGGCCUGACCCUGAGUGCAGGUGAUCUGGGCGGGAACAUUUAUGCCAACCUGGCCCUGUCCGGCCUCAUAGAGAUUCCGUCUUACCCUCUCUGCAUCUACCUGAUUAACCACAAAUGGUUUGGCCGGAAGCGGACAUUAGCGGGGUUUCUGUGCCUGGGAGGACUGGCUUGUCUCAUUGUAAUGUUUCUUCCGGAAAAGAAAGACACAGGCGUGUUCGCAGUGGUGAACAGCCGGUCCUUGUCUCUGCUGGGGAAGCUGACCAUCAGCGCUGCCUUCAACGUGGCCUACAUCUACACCUCUGAGCUCUACCCCACGGUCAUCAGGAACGUUGGGCUUGGAACGUGCUCCAUGAUCUCCCGAGUCGGUGGGAUCAUCGCUCCCUUCAUCCCCUCUCUGAAAUAUGUGCAGUGGUCUUUACCUUUCAUUGUCUUUGGAGCCACGGGCCUGACCGCUGGCCUCCUGAGUUUAUUACUGCCGGAAACCCUUAACGCUCCGUUGCUAGAGACGGUUGCUGACCUUCAGGUGUGUUCCUACCGGAGGCUGGGGGAGGAAGCUCUGUCUUUACAGACCUUGGAGGCCACGCAGUCCGGGGACAAGGAGAGUGCUUUGGGGAGUGAGAGUGAAGAGGAGGAAUUUUAUGAUGCGGAUGAAGAGACUCACAUGAUCAAGUGACGAGCCCCAGAUUCCUAAUCAGGAGCAGAGGAUCAUCUUUUGUGCCUCGGGCUGAGGCAGGUUCUGCCAGGAAACUUACAGAGAGCUGGAGAGAGAUGGGCUUGGACACACACAGAAGGCGCUCGGCUCCUGCGCUGGCUGUUCUCAGGCACAGAGCGAGUUGGAGAAGAGAUUUCAUGAGCGAGGCCAUCAUCGCAUUGAGGAGACAGAUGUUAGUGUGUCCAAAAUUCAGGUUUGGCUCAGAAUCCUGAUUUCUGGCCAGACCGCUCUAAUCCAUGUGCCAGGGUGGCAAACAUUUCUUUCCAGAAGUCUGAUCGGGCCUCUUUUCCUUCAUCAUGACCUAAAGGCAAAUAAGUAAAAUUUUCUCACCCUUUUAGUGGGAUAAGAUAAAGUCCCUUAAGAUUGAAUGGUUAUUAAGAUUCAUCUUUAUGCCACAUUCGACCUCUCCCCUCAUCGGUGGCUCUCACCAGCAACCUGUGAGGCCUUGGUCUGAGCAGAGGAAAGCACCGCAUUUGUGUGGCCCGAGGCACUGCAGCUUUGCCCAGACGGAAUCUGCGUCCUCAGCUCGGCUCACUGCCUCCCGGGUGACUUGCGUCUCGUGUGUCUUUAGCCCCCCAGGUGAGCCUCUGGGAAAAGCCAGCUAACUGUACCAAAGCAGUUUUCUCAGCCAGGGAUGUGCCCCGACCCCUGGUUAGCUCCCUUCAGCGCUCAGAGUGUGAACUUUCUUCAGUUCCCACGUGUGUCCCCCUCUAGGAAAAUUUCCAUCCCCGAUUCUGGGACCAGCGGUCACUUCAAAGCCAUGCCCAGUGAAUGAUGAGGCUUUAACCAGGUGGAGGGCAGUUAAAAUAAAGGACAUGUUGAGUUCUUGGAUGUUGGGAUGUAGGGGAGAAUGUGCCAUCUUUAAUAAGAGAAAAUUCUCUUCCACAAUUUUUUAAAUUUGCUUUGUUUUGAGUGUCGUGCAGUGAGGGACUUGGGCAGCACUUAAGAACCUGAACCCUCCUAGUCCGAGGCCCGCCCCUGCCUGUUUAGUGAAAUGGAAAGCACGGUAAUUUCAUAGGGAAUUGUGGUUUUUCAUUCAGUACAACCAACUUUCAAGUAAAUCAAAAUCAUCCUGAGUUCCCUAAAAUCAUGUGCCGAGACCUGUUUCCCCAUGAAAAUGCAAUGUCAGCUCAGACCCGAGGAUUGACCUGGAGUCCGUGGGCCCGGGCAGCGUUGCUUUAAGUAGCUUUCCCAACCAGGAAAAUGUCUGUGUUUUCAGAAUUUCUAUCUCUACUAAUCUCUCAGAGAAAAAGAAAUUGCCCUAGAGGUACAGAGACAACGUCACCAGGACUGCCCCUGGAAACCUUGGAGGCGUCACCCCCACUGGCUCCAGCACUCACUCUGCUGUCUUCGUCCACACCGGCCUCUUGGCUUGCACUCUACCAGUCUGUACCUUUGUAUUUGCUGGAGUAUUUUUAUGUUUUUUAUGCCUUUCAUGAUGUAUUGUGCUCUUUACAAGCAGGGGCCAUCUCUCUUACUUGUGUAUCUCCCUGCUGUGCCCAGAACAUGGGCCUAGACAUCAGAAGGGCUAGUAAGUGUCACUGUUUCAGGCAUCAGGGAGACUGGAACUUCUCCCAGUACCGCUUUUGUAAGCCCAGGCCGAUCUGACCCAGCCCCCAGACGGUGGACCUGCCUUGCGUUUCUCUGGAAGUGAAGACCCUGUCCACCACCAGGAGAGGGAGAGAGGAGGCGCGUACAAGGACACCCAGAAGCUCGUCUUCGAUGGUCGGGGCGUUAAAAAUAAAACCAUAAACUGAAAUAUAUGUCACUUGGGGUUGUUCGGAGCUCUUUUUUGCAUUGUAAGAGUUAUACGUCCCAAUAUAGAAAAUCUGGAAGCUAGAAUUUUAAAAAUGUAUCACUUGUAGGUUCAACACCCAGAGACAACCAGUGUCAUAGCUUUGUUCUAUCCGAAGGUCAGUUGGGAAUCUCUCUCUGUGUUAGUGCUGGGGUUCCCUCUGCCCCUGGCUAAGUAAAUGAGGAUCCCAUUAGUUCUGUCGCUGGGCACCCUCUUUUCCCAGCUAGUUGGGGUAGAAGAAGGGAGGGAAGGAUGCACAGUUCAGAUACAUGUUGCUUACUAAGGCUAGGCAGGCUAUCAGCUGCUCACGUCAGCUGUGUCACUAAAUUUUGUUUCUUUCUAGAUGGUCUUCUGGCAAAGUUUAAUAAUGACUGUUUUCUUUUAUUCCAGUGCCUUUUAUGAAAACAAAUUUUUUUUUUCUUUUGAUAUAAACUGUUGAAGAGUAGUGGAUUGUAGAGAA